AUGGCGAAAGCAGGCAGGAAGGGAUGCAGCUGCCCGGGCUUCCUGAGGAAGAACUGGCUCCUGCUCAGCACGGUGGCCGCCGUGCUGUUGGGUAUUGGAGUUGGCAUGCUGGUACGGGAAUAUGGCAAGCUGUCUAACCUGGAUAAAUUCUACUUCUCGUUUCCUGGGGAGGUGCUGAUGAGAAUGCUCAAACUCAUCAUUCUGCCAUUAAUCAUAUCAAGUAUGAUCACAGGUGUUGCUGCUUUGGAUUCCAGUGUUUCUGGGAAGAUUGGUUUGCGAGCAGUCAUAUAUUAUUUCUGCACUACAGUCAUUGCCGUAAUACUAGGGAUUGUCUUAGUUGUGACUAUUAAACCUGGAGUGCCUCAAACAGCAGAUGAAAUUGACAGAGUGGGCAGCACCCCAGAAGUCAGUACUGUUGAUGCCAUGCUGGAUCUGAUCAGGAAUAUGUUCCCAGAAAACCUUGUCCAGGCCUGUUUUCAACAGUAUAAAACCAAACGUGAAAAAGUGGAAGUUACAACUGGCGUGAAUAAAAAUAGCUCCAUAUUUACAGAAGAAUCUGUUACGUCUGCUACGACAGCAGAGGUUUCAGAGAACAAAACCCAAGAAUACAAGAUCGUGGGCAUGUAUUCUGAUGGCAUCAAUGUGCUUGGGUUGAUCGUCUUUUGUCUUGUUUUUGGAAUGGUUAUUGGGAAAAUGGGAGAGAAAGGCCAAGUGCUGGUGGAUUUUUUCAAUGCACUGAAUGAAGCUACAAUGAGAAUAGUUCAGAUAAUUAUGUGGUAUAUGCCAAUUGGUAUUGUGUUUUUAAUUGCUGGGAAGAUAAUAGAAGUUGAGGACUGGGAAAUCUUUCGUAAACUGGGUCUUUAUAUGGCUACAGUGUUAAGUGGACUUGCAAUCCAUUCCACUGUAAUUCUGCCACUGAUCUACUUAAUAAUAGUAAGGAAAAAUCCUUUUCGUUUUGCCAUGGGGAUGGCUCAGGCACUUCUGACAGCCCUCAUGAUUUCUUCCAGUUCAGCAACUUUGCCUGUCACCUUCCGCUGUGCAGAAGAAAAAAACUUCAUUGAUAAAAGAAUUACCAGGUUUGUACUUCCAGUUGGAGCUACCAUCAACAUGGAUGGCACAGCUCUCUAUGAAGCAGUAGCAGCUGUAUUUAUUGCACAACUGAAUGACUUGGAACUGGAUAUUGGCCAAAUAGUUACCAUUAGUGUCACAGCUACAGCAGCCAGCAUUGGAGCUGCUGGUCCCCAAGCCGGACUUGUCACCAUGGUGAUUGUACUGAGCGCUGUUGGCCUGCCAGCCGAAGAUGUUACUCUGAUCAUUGCUGUUGACUGGCUUCUGGAUCGAUUCAGAACAAUGGUUAAUGUCUUGGGAGAUGCCUUUGGUACAGGGAUAGUGGAGAAGCUCUCUAAAAAGGAGCUGGAGCAGAUGGAUGUCAAUUCUGAAGUCAACAUAGUCAACCCUUUUGCCUUGGAAACAACAACACUUGAUAAUGAUGAAACAGAGACCAAGAAAUCAUAUGUCAAUGGAGGCUUUGCUGUGGAUAAGUCUGACACCAUAUCCUUCACGCAGACAUCUCAGUUCUAA